AUUAGUUUAACAAAAUCUGUCUUCAUAAUGCAUAGUUAAAAUUGUAAAUAAUGGUCAGUAAUUAUAAAUUCUGAUUUGCAAAAAUUCAGAUUAAUGAGAUUUUGUUUUUCUUUGGAGGGAAGGGAACUAAUGUUGUUUCCAUGAAAUCUAUAACUAUAUUUUGCUUGACUUUACAUUUUAAAUGUUUUGCAUUUAAGGUUCCAUUCAAAUCAACAGCAUUUUUGAGCUUUCUCUUACGAAAUUGGUUUAGGCAUUUUGUAUGUUUCUCCUUUCAUUUGAAUGCUUUGCUCCGUUUUGAUUGUCAUGUCUUGCUAUUGAUAAGGUUGACUCGUUCUCAAUAGCCCAUUUGUAUCUAAUUGUGUACUUAGACCCUCUUAAUAAUAUUUGAUAUUCCUCUUGUUUUUACCUAAAUGUGUUGAUCUUACUUCCUUUUACACACAGACUAUUAUACUAUUUUUGAAAUAGCCUCUUUCCCCUUUUGUCCCCCUUCCCACCCCCAUCCUCUCCUUAGAAAUAAGUGGUUCACAUUUUAGUGAAAAGUUUUCAAUAGAUUGUCUUUUCCUUUAGUCAUGGUAAUUUAUUUCGUGUACAUUCCAGGGUUAGAGUGGCUGAACACAGAAGGGCCUAUUUCUGUCUACAAGGAUCUAUGUGGAAAAGUGGUCAUCCUUGAUUUCUUCACCUACUGCUGCAUAAACUGUAUUCACCUCCUGCCUGAUCUCCAUGCCUUAGAGCACACCUACUCCGAUAAAGAUGGCCUGCUGAUUGUUGGUGUUCACUCGGCUAAGUUUCCAAAUGAAAAAGUCCUGGAUAACAUCAAGAGUGCUGUUCUUCGAUACGACAUCACCCACCCUGUAGUUAACGAUGCCGAUGCCAGCCUUUGGCAAGAACUGGAGGUUUCCUGCUGGCCAACUGUGGUCAUUCUCGGACCCCGUGGAAAUAUGUUGUUUUCCUUGAUUGGAGAGGGACACAAAGAUAAAUUGUUUUUGUAUACUUCAAUAGCUUUAAAGUAUUACAAAGACAGGGGACAGAUCAGAGAUAAUAAAAUUGGAAUAAAACUCUAUAAAGAUUCUUUGCCGCCUUCGCCAUUGCUGUUUCCUGGCAAGAUAACAGUAGACCCCGUUUCUAAGAGAUUGGUAGUAGCAGACACUGGACAUCAUAGAAUUCUGGUCAUCGGGAAGAAUGGGGAGAUUCAGCACAGCAUUGGAGGACCCAAUCCUGGAAGAAACGAUGGAAUAUUUUCAGAGUCAACUUUUAAUUCACCACAGGGUGUAGCCAUAAUGAACAAUAUCAUAUAUGUGGCAGAUACUGAAAACCACCUUAUAAGAAAGAUCGACCUAGACGCUGAGACGGUGAGCACCGUAGCUGGCAUCGGGAUCCAAGGUGCAGAUAAAGAAGGUGGAGCUGAGGGAGAGCAGCAGCCCAUCAGUUCCCCAUGGGAUGUAGUUUUAGGAUCAUCAGGUUCAGAGGUCCAAAGAGGUGACAUUCUGUGGAUAGCCAUGGCAGGGACUCAUCAGAUAUGGGCACUCCUGUUGGACUCUGGCCGACUACCAAAGAAAAAUGAGUUAAAAAAAGGAACCUGCCUUCGGUUUGCUGGAAGUGGAAAUGAAGAGAAUCGAAAUAAUGCAUAUCCUCACAAGGCAGGUUUUGCCCAACCUUCAGGUCUCUCUCUGGCCUCAGAAGAUCCCUGGAGCUGUCUGUUCGUAGCUGAUAGUGAGAGCAGCACGGUGAGAACCGUCUCACUGAAAGAUGGAGCAGUGAAGCACCUUGUAGGAGGAGAAAGAGAUCCCAUGAAUUUAUUUGCUUUUGGUGAUGUUGAUGGAGUGGGAAUCAGUGCAAAGCUUCAGCAUCCACUUGGAGUAACGUGGGACAAGAAAAGGAAUUUACUUUAUGUGGCAGACUCUUAUAAUCACAAGAUUAAAGUUGUGGAUCCAAAAACAAAAAACUGUACAACAUUAGCAGGAACUGGAGAUGCAAGUAAUGUCAGUUCCACUUUUACCGAAUCAACCUUUAAUGAACCAGGAGGCUUGUGUAUUGGAGAGAAUGGCCAGUUAUUAUACGUAGCAGACACGAAUAAUCAUCAGAUUAAAGUGAUGGAUUUAGAAACAAAAACAGUCUCUGUGCUCACUGUCUCCAGCUCGGGAAAUGCUAUGGUAGACGGCCCUUUCCUAGUAGAAAAACAGAUGACGGUACCCAAAUUACCAAAAUCAGCCCCAGUCAUUCAGCUUUCCCCCACGGCUGCAUCUCCGGGACAGACCCUGCGGUUCCAGCUGAGGUUAGACCUCCCCUCAGGAACGAAGCUCACUGAAGGAGCACCCAGUUGCUGGUUUCUAACAGCCGAAGGCAAUGAAUGGCUCCUUCAAGGACAGGUGCCAUCUGGAGAAAUAGAGAGCAUCUCCAACCAACCAGCCAUCUCACUGCAGAUUCCUGGGGAUUGCUUGUCACCUGAAGCCGUUGUAUCUAUCAGCGUGUUUCUCUAUUACUGUGGCACAGACAGCAGUGCCUGUAUGAUGAAGGGCCUCCUGUUCAGGCAGCCUUUACAGAUCAGCGAUGCGCAGCAAGGACGCGUAGCUCCGGUGGAGCUCAAGAAAGUCUCUAAGGACAUACAGACUCACUCCCUUAACUGUUUUCUGAAUGAACAGCCUACCAGACAAUGCACGGUCAUCAGAAAUAGGACUUUCAAGAAGAAAAGGGACUUAGGGACACAUUACUGUGAUACUGUCGAGUGCUAAAGACUUGUGGCAGCUGAAUCUGGUGUGAAUGGGUAUGUAUGUUUUAGAAAUCCACAUUUUACUUGUGAGCAUUAAAUGCAGAUUUGUCCGGUUUUGGUAUUUUCAGUUCCCAUAUUCAGAACUUAGAUUACAAUCAUUUGUUGUGAUGUUUUUUAAAAUCACUUUUAAGCCUUCACAGUGAAAAUUUCAGUGUGAUGCACUUUCAUGCUGUUAAUAUGUAUAGUCUAUCCUAGUAUGUUACUCUUUCAAAUAUUAAGGCUGAAACAUACAAGGAUUUGAUAACACUUGGGUUUUUUAAAACCCCAAAAGAUAUUGAAAAUUUUUUUAAUCAUUUCUUUUUAUAACUAUUUAAAAGCCUAUUCUUGCUUUUACUAAAACUGAUUCAACAUGUUUGUGAUUUAAUCAGAGCGCAAGGUAUUUUUAAAUCAGGUGAACCAUACUCAAUAUUUAUAGACAGUAUGUCAUAUGCCUUUCCCCAUUCAAAAACAGUGCUGAAUUUGGAGUAUAAUCUUUUAAGCACCAUCACCUACCUAUUUUUCUUAUAUUUUUUUGAAAUAUAGUUUUGAACAUACUACCUCUUCUUUAUUCAGGUUACUAAGUCUCUGCAAUAACAAAACACACAGAUCAUGACUUUGACUUAAUCUGUAACCUGCUAAAGCUAUUAAAAGAGAGGUAGAAAUGUGAAGAAUUCUGUGUAAAAUUAUAUGUAAUUACCUCAUAAACCUUUUCUCUCCAGAAAUGUAAGGAAUUUUGUCUAAAAUUAUAUGUAAUUACCUCAUAAACUUUUUCUCUCCAAAAAAAAAAAAGUGUUCUGUAAUAAAAGAAUAGGCUAUAGCCAUUUUCAAUAUCAUUUGAUUAUUGAACUUCUCAUUGCCAGUUGGGUAGGAUGAGAAUAUUUUGGCUUUAUCUUUUCCUAUUUAAGAACAUAAAUAGUUUCACUCUCUAAAAACAGUUUCACUCUCUAAAAGAAGUUUAUAUCAUUUUAACCUAAUUCAGAUAUAUCUGCUAAUUAAUUUUUUAGUGUUAUACACAGACAUAUAGUAUGCAUUUUCAUGUACAUUAAAAAUCCAAAAGUAUUUCUUAGACUCUCUCAGUGUUCGCUUGUCUGGACAGUGUUUCAGGUUAGUAUUUCUUCACUUUCAUUGUGCAGUCUCAAUGAACAUUCUUAUUCUUACCCAGCCACCAGUCUGCAUUGUUUUUUACAUUCAAAAUACUAUUUAUAUAAUUAGUAUGAUUUUUUUGUAAAUCAUACGAAAGCAAUAUAAAUAGGUUCCUGGAAUUUAUGACUAACACAAACCUCUUACAUGAGAGGAAGUGUGAGAAAGUUUACUUAAAAAUGUCUUGACCCUUGUCUGCCUCUGUUUCCUAUAGGAACGUCUGUAUAUUUUUAACUUUUGCUUUUCUUCCUGCUAGAUGAUGAUAUCCCACGAUAGUGGUGUAAGCACCUUAAUCACAGUGCCCGGGGUGUGGCAUUGCAAACACUUUGACAUAAUACCUGGAAUCUUUACCCUAAAUUAUUCUACUGAUCUGUCACUAUUUAUAUCAUUUCACAAAUGGUAGAGUUUUUUUUCUGCAUUUACACUCUGGAUUGAUAUGAUCUCUGAAAAGAAUUUUGAACAUGCUGUCUCAAGCAAAUAUUUAACAACUAUUCACAAGGGAAAACUUUAUAGUUUAAUCACUCAUAAGUGUAACUUUGGCAAAGUUCAGAGCCUAAGAAACCAGUUUUCUCCUUAACUGUUCAAAUAAUAUGUUUAGUUACAGUAUUAUCAAGCCUGGAGAAAGUUAUAAAUCUUACAGCUAAUGAAAGGGUCUAAUAUAUGUGGGUGAGUGUAUGUGUGUAUACAUCACAGAUACAAAGGUCAACUCAAGAGUUUCUCACAGAAGUUUCUCUCAUGCCCAAUAUGUUUUUGAGCUCUAAUACCACUGAAACAAGUUACUCUCUGCUUGUUUCUCCAUAGUUAAAAAAUUUGGGAAGAUAUAGUGCUAUCUGUAAUACAAUAAUUUUCUGCUUGCACAAAAUUUACCAUUAGUUCAUAUCCACCAACUUAAAAAAAGUUCAGUCCAGCCACUGUAUUUGGCAUCAUGUUUAAGAAUCAUCAUCAAAAGUCAACUAAAUGCCAUAGUUCACAGCUGCAUAAAAAUAUAUGCAGAGGGACUGUGAGUGGUGGUUCUCCUGAAUGGUGGAAUACUUCUUGUACUCUACUUUUCAGUGAGCAAUGUGUUGUUAAACAAAACUGGAAAUGUGUUUUAAAGAUUUUAAAUAAGCUGAAUAAUAGUAAGCGCUUAUUAUGUAACAACUUUUCUGAAGUCACUUAUUACCAAAGAUCAAAACACAGUUUGGAGCUCUUGGAUCUGCCAGUUCUAAGUAUGUGACUCAGUGAAGACAGAGGUGAUAGGACUUUUUCUGCUGGUGUUUCUGUUGUGUGGCGGGAUGUAGUGGUUAAGAGCAGGGACUCUGCAGUCGCAGUCGCUUGGAUUUAACCCUAUAAAAUGGGGCUACUGUAAGGACUCGGUGAAAUUGUGUUUGUAAAGCAUUUAGUAAUUAAUGAAACUGCUAAUGAUUGACUUAGUUAAUAAUUUAUGACCACAAACACCUGGCUUGACAUUAUCUCUGCAACUAGUUUCUGAAGCAAACUAUUUCUCUACCAACUAUUGAUAUGUUAAUAUUCUCCAUAGAGGUGGGAUUCAAGAUGAGAAAUAGUUUUAUAAUAAAGCAUACUGCUAUUUUAUAAACAAUAUUCUAGUUAUAAAGAAACACCUGCAGUUUUAUUUUUAAAAAUUUAAAGACCUUCUAGGACUACAAGUCAUAAACUUCCUUUGAGAGUGUCUAGACAUACUGUCCCCAGACCAUAUUCUUGUAACAUACUCUGACAGUGCUUUGCAGAAUCUUCAAAGUAGCUUCCUGCAUUUUGCCUCAUUUGAGCUUCAGGGUAACCUAGAGAGUCAGACAAGGAGCUGUUAUGUCCAUUUUGCAGAAUAGGAAACGGCUUUAGAAUGUCAGUGGCAUAUCGAGGUCAGAGCUCCCAGAAUAGCGCCUGAUGCCGCCGCAGUGCCUGGCAGGAGCAGCUGCUUGGCCAGUGUUCGUGAAUGACUUGAAGGGUAGUGAGUGUUGGAUCUUUUAGCUGAGCACAGGUCUCCUAAUUCCUAGAGCUACUCCUUGAUGCAGAAUGAGAACAAACUGAGAAACUAAGAGGACUUCCUUUUACGAGCGCUUUCUUAAGCCUUCAGGGUAUUAAAGUAAUAAGGAUAAUAGCUACAUUUACUGGGUGCUUACCGUGUGCCUGGCAUUUUUCUAAGUGCUUUAUGUGUAUUAACUCAUUUAAUUUUCACAACCACCUUAUGAGGGAGGUACUGUUUUUUCUUACUUCCCUGAUGAGGAAACUGAGACACAGUUACAAGAUAGAUCCCACAUUUAGGAAGAGGCUGAUCCUGCUGAGUCUGCUCACCUACCAUGCUGUAUUGCCUCUCAAAGGAGUUUGCUUAAAAAUUUCAAGUCUUUCAUAGUUAUAUGUAGUAACUAAUCAACCCAAAGAACCCAAAAAGCCUAGUGAUAAUGGUUUUGAAAUUUAAAUUAAAUCCACUUAAUUCAUAUGAGCUUUUUGGAUUUUUCAUUAAACACUCUUAUCCUUCUUGGUUUGGAACAAUCUGUAUAAUUGUGGUUCCCCAAAAGAUUUUCUGUACCAUUCUUUUUUAAAUUCAGAUGUUAUCCGGAGAUUUUCUUGGCAGAUGGUUGUAUUAAAGAAUUAAAUAGCAUUUCAGUGCUCCAACAAUGUUAUUUUAAUUGGUCUUCCAAAGGUAAUUUUAAGACCUUAUGAUAAAGUUUAACUGAAUUCUUAGCACAGAACCAUCUCAAACCCAAAAAACUCAUUUAUUUUUAAGAAAAUUUGGUUUUAAUAAGCAAAGUGAGCUCUAGAAACAAUAUUUGGCCAAUCUGUUCACACACACCAGGCCUCUGCUUGCUUCGUAACUAACACUGUGGUAUGUAGACACCCCACCCUCCCCAACAGUGACUCAAAUCUAUGCAAUUCCAUUACAGUCAAGUUUUCCCCAGGUCAGCCUAUCAUUCCAGCUUUAGGUGCGAUUAAAAGGAAUGAAACAAAAUGCCACAUACCACUGACUGUGACUCAUGAUCACCCGGGUACAAAAAUAUAAACGUCUUUUCAUUGUCAGUUCACUAACUUAAAUUAACUAAUACUAGAAUUUGUUAAUUUUGUUAUAAAAUCUUAUUUCUGAAAUCCAUAAGGAAUUGUACGUCAGCUUAAAAGGAUGUCAUACUUCAGAAGUAGAAUUUCCCCUUUCACUGUUAGUCACCAAGAUGCCUCCUUUUCUUCCUGUGGUGCACACAUAGUGUAAAUAAAGAGUUCGCACUCACCCCAAGUCACUGUCUUGUCCUAAAUAAUUAAAACUUUGCUUUUCCCACUUCCUUCCAACAGGCUAGUGUAAACAAUGGUGUUAAAAGUUAGAGGCAGACUCAUCUGCCUGUGUGUAACCCUCGCCCAGCAGGCCUGGCGGCUCUGGAUCUGACCUCAGACCCCGGUGCCUGGGCGGGCGGCAGCCAGCAGCCUCUCUGGGCACCUCUUCCCUGGCUGAUCCGGUUUAACCCUUCAGAGCUGGAGCUGGAAAGGGAGCACCCUAGAUACCUGUUGAGUGUUUGCCUAGUCACAGGUAUUCAUCGUCUGGUGUGUCCCUCUUUGCUGGCAUGUCGCUCUCAAGUGUACGUACCAAAGGGCGUUCCAUUCUCUUGAAAGCUCCACACCAAAUAAAAAAAUCGCAAGUAUUUGUAAGUCCACCUGCCAGCCUGCAGCAGCCGCACACCCGCAGCACCGAGGGCUACACCGCGGGCUCAGCAUUUCUGUGACCUGCCCGCCAGGGCGCCGCCAAUUCCUUUCUCUAAGCAGCAGCUUACAGGCCGGAGUUGGUCAGUAAUACACAGUUCAGCAAAGUUGUCAGGGGUUUUAAUGUGGAAAAGUUAAAACUGAGUUAGACGGGCAAACAGUGGACUACCUUUUGCUUUUAAUAUACUUCAUUACAUAUUUACAUUGAAAAUAAAGCAAGAUGAGACCUCAUAAUGCUGAGGAGUAGAGGAAAAACUUAGCUCUCUGAUUUAAAUAUGCCCAGUUUAAACAGUAUUUUUCUGAUUCAUUCUUUAGUGUGUUCUGCUCAUGAAAAAUAUUAAAGUAUAUGGGGGAAAACAUAAGUUGAUCAGUUGGUGAUGGAGAGGAAAAUAGAACGUCCCUCUCUGAAAACAGGACUCCGUCAUUUCACUGUCUUCUGUUUUUAGAAUUUGUAGUCAUGAUUCUUAGUCCCAUCAGGAAUUCAUUUAUUCAUUCUGAGCCUGUACAUUGCAUCUAUUAUUGUGUUCAUUACAGUAUUCAGAACGCUAACAAAUAUUUGUAUAGAGUUGAAAUGUUUUGUUCACCCAUGCGUCUGACAGUCAUCACCCAAGUUCACCCGCAAAAAAGGAGACAGCCACUUCCUCUCCACACGUUAGGCUUCUCUCUCCGAUAGUGGCGGAGGAAGUUCUGCUGAGAACUGGUUACACAAGUCACAGGUACAGCACAAUGGUUUUGUGGUGGUCACUUUUUUCCCUAGAAUUCCUGAUACCCCAUUUUCAAAGGAAAAGUGCCCUGUGUGACUUUGAACUUACUUUCUCUGUUUUGAGGUAUGCCUUCCUAAUUAUGUUUUAGGUAGGUUAAUAUAAAAAUUUUAAAUUCAGUUAGGGCCCAUUGAUUCCAGUUUAGAAAUGUUUUAAUUACUGUCAUUACUUUACAUGUGGAUUAUGGGCAAAUCAGAGUUUUCUGUGUGACUGAUAUAUAUAUAAUUACUUUGAAAUCGUAACAGUCCAUAACAUCUGUCAAAUUUUAAAGACAAAUACAUCUCUUCUCUGUGUUGAUCAGGCUGUGGUUUCAGUUCUGAGAAUAGGGUUGGUCUGCUGUGCUGACUUCGUGCCUGUCAUUCCAAAAGUUUGAUUGUCCUUUCUCUCUCCUCCAAAGAUGAAAAAAAUGCAGUGGAAAUCCAAUUUACAAGGGCCCAUAUCGAUAUUUCUAGACAUGGUCUAGUUCUAAAAGAAUUUACUUGGUUUGCAUUUUUUAAGUGUUUCCUGUAGCCAGAUUAAUAUAUUUUUAUACAGCUCUGUAUUUCUACAUUUAUUUCUAGACUAUUCUCAGUGACUUUAAGUGCGUGUGUUAAGAGAAGAUGUUUGGAAUGCGUGCGCGGUGGCCUUCGUUGCCGAGUCAGGAGUGUAAACCGUGGUUACUGAAAGCAAGGACGUGCUGUGCUGUACACUGAAACCCAGUAACUGUUUCUAAAGCUUUGUAUAUUUUUUUUCAUGAAACAGAUUAAAUAUUUUCUCUCUAAA